GUAGGUACAUAUGUACAUUUGGUAAAUAGCAUCACUCACAUUAGUACGCAACGUAAAUUUUAUUUUAACAUAUUAGGUGGUACUCCAAAAUCUUGAAUACGUUUUGCACUAAAUUACCAACAAAGAUUUGUUUAGUGUAAUUUAAAAAGCAAGAAAUGUUAACAUGGUUGAACAAUAACUUAUCAAGUGUUUAAAUUUCUGAAGUCUUACGUGUUAUAGUCAGUAGUUUAUUUACAAAGGUUUCACUGUUUGUUUACAUCCUCUAAUUUGCAAGGUUUUGAUAAUUAUUUUAAAGCUUUUAUAAAAAAGUUAAUUAGUGCACACAGUGGUGAUAUUCUCGCUAAAAAGAAAACUAAAGAAAAAGUUCUUUAUUAAAAAAGGGCUUACAAUAUAAUUUCGGGCGUGAAAGAAAAAUAGUUGAGUCACCAGUUUCAACUAAUACGCAGGGCCAGCAAAAGUGGAAAACAAUUUGUGCAUAAAUGGAGGAUUACAAAUUCCUUUUCAAAAUUGUGCUUGUUGGAAAUGCGGGCGUCGGAAAAACUUGCUUGGUGCGGCGAUUCACACAAGGCUUAUUUCCUCCCGGUCAAGGAGCAACUAUAGGUGUUGACUUUAUGAUUAAAACUGUGGAAGUUGAAGGUGAAAAGAUUAAGCUUCAAAUAUGGGACACCGCUGGCCAGGAGCGUUUUCGUUCUAUAACUCAAAGUUAUUACCGAUCUGCUCAUGCAUUAAUCCUUGUAUAUGACAUAAGUUGCCAGCCGACAUUUGAUUGUUUACCUGACUGGCUACGCGAAAUACAGGAGUAUGCAAAUUCAAAAGUUUUAAAAAUCCUUGUCGGCAAUAAAACCGAUCGCGAUGAUCGUGAAAUACCAACGCAAAUUGGUGAGGAAUUCGCCAAACAGCAUGAUAUGUAUUUUCUGGAGACUUCAGCCAAAGAAGCGGAGAAUGUCGAGCGCCUAUUUUAUGAAAUAGCUGCUGAACUUAUUGACCAAGCGCGAAGUAAGGAUGGCACAAACGUGAAUAAGGCAUCUGUAGAUGCUAUUGGACUUGGUAAUUUUGGCACAAAAGCAACUCAAAAUAGUUGUUGCAGUAGUUUUAGUAGCAGUACUAGUCAAUCCACAAGCGAAAGCAAUAAUAGUAGAAGCAACACUUAAACUUGUGCAGCUGAAUAGAGGUGAAUCAGUAAAUAAUUAAUUUGACGAAUAUAGAUUUUAAAAAUGUAGUUAAGGUUAAAAAUAUAUGUACAUGUAGACAUACAUGUGUACAGACGACUAUAGAACAACAGAUCGGUCGGCAUAUUCGUAGUCUCUGCAUUAAGUCAAUAUUUUGUAAAUGGGAUUCCCUUUUCCUUUAUCUGCAGUCAUUGGCAGCUAUCAUAUUCAGUACAUUUACUAUCAAUUUCUACGUCGCAACUUGCGGUAUUCGCUGCAAACAGCGUGUAAAUGUUCAUAGGUGUUUGUCUUCAUUUAGCUCCAGUUCAAGUAUUAUCUAUCUAACACUCUACACUCGGCACACCUGCCAAGCCAGUGAUAUCGAUAUGGUCAAGGCCUUUGUGCAGAGGAAAUUAGCAAAAGUUCAAAUUUAAGGACAGUAUAAAAUUUCAAUUCAGCAACAUACUCCAAAAUGAUAUAGAGACUGUUUUAUUUUAUUGCAACUACCAUAACAAUAACAGUUUACAAAUUCUCAUAAUUGCCGGUAUAAAAAUUAUAUAUCGCCGUCAAAAAGUUGUAUAUUAAACCAGAAAGAGCUCGGCCCGCUUUGCAAAAAUAAAAUACAAAUUUCCAUCCUGGCGCCAUUUAGUAAAGCGGAUCUAUUUUAUUUUAUUGUAAAAGCAUUUAUUCUCACCUAACCAAAAUAUAUUUUGAAUGUGAGUUGAAUCCAAAAAAACUUAUAAACAAUCAUUAGCAUGCUCACAGCUCACCAAUGUUUCGGCUCAGAGGUUUCGCAGUCUAUAGGCAACAUAUGUACACACAUCCAUCCAAUUUUAUAUAUGUAUGUACAUAUAUUUCGUUGGCCGAGGUUGCCGUCGAAUAUAGAAGCUUGUGCGCGACUGCCAUUCGGCAGUUCGAAACCUACUAUGGGCAUGAAACGUCUAAUAAUCGAAACGGAUUUAUUCUCGGGCGGUCGCCCGUCAGCAGGUAAUGGCCCUAAAAGCAUUUUUGUCGUAAGAAAGCUUCUCAUAACAAACCAUCAACCGUUCGGAGGCGGCAAAAAACCAUUUGUCCAUUUGUAGGACAAUAUCAAACCUCACACCUAAAAUUAAAGGAGAAGCUCAGCUGUACACCUAAUGAAAGAUGUACGCGUCAAUUACAUGUACUAUAUAUACGAGUGCAUAUAUAUAUUUUUGAGUUUGAACAUGCAAACAACAUUUCGUUUUAUGAAAUGUAUUAGGGACUUUAAAGAAGCUAGUAAGUUAAUAUUUUGGUUGUUGUUGAAUGUUUAUAUGAAGGCAUAUUUGAGCUUCUGAAAAAUUCUAUUUUGGACGUUUUUAACUAAUGACGGCGAUAUAUUCGUUAGAAGUGCCGAGUAACUGUGUUGGCACACCUUACCACAAAUUUGUAUGUAUUAUAUAUGUACAUGGGUAUAUAUAUAAUAUCGCAAUGAUUCCUAUAUUAUAGAGGAUUUGAAUCUUGAUUCUAAGUAGCUUGUAUUGUAGAAAAAAGCGGAAGUUAACCUCGGAAUUGCAAGCGCAUAUAAAAGUAUGGAUGUAUGUAUGUACAAAUGCAUGUACGAUGCACUAGCAUUAAUAUUUUUAAAAAGGCACAUUUGCAAAGUGUUUGUACAGAUUUAAGCGUUAAGUUAGUCAAAAAUAUAUUUAUAACUAAUUUGAUAGAUAUUUUUAAAUUUGCACUCAAAGUGUAAUACAUUUAUCCGUCCUUGUAUUACUAUUUUCAGUUAUUUUUUAACAGGUGAUUUGAUUACAUCACUCUGUAAAAAGAAUCCUUUUCAUUGAAAUUAUUGUCUAUGGUCUUGCAUAUGGAAACAUUUGAAGGAAUUAACAGCCUCCAGAAAAUCCAAAAGUCGUAGCGUUAUAAUUAAUUACACGGGCCGACAAAGUUAAGCUAAAUUAUUUUACCAGGUACUAGAGUAUAGUUUUGUUUUAAUAAAUCUAAUAAUCGACUGUUUGAUGUCUUCGAGGUCAUUAGUCGAUUUUUAAAUAUUGAAAGCGUAACCAUAACUCUGGAUUUUAAUUCUGCACGUCGAGUACCUUGAAAGAGUAUACUCUAGUUUCCGGUAAAAUUUCAUAUCGACCUGUGUUACUUACCGGUUUUUUGCACUUUUUUACACACAUUUUUUUUGUCAAAGCAUUCGACACUAACAUUUCAAAGUCAUAUAAGAUAAUGUGUAAACCAAUUAAUAAGCUUCAUCUUUUGAUUUAAGUAAUAGUUGCGUUUAAAUAAGAAAAAUGACUUUCUCUAAAAAUCUUUGGUCGGCCGCUAAAUAAAAUUUUGCAAGCAGAAAAAAAAAACAAAUAUUACUAACUGAUGAGUAAAUUUUUGGUUCUAUCUCUUUUGAUGCUUUCUUCUAAAUUUACCAUACAUCAGAAUUUAACUUUUAAAUACUUUUAUUUUUUUUUUGUCCCAUUAAAUUUAUUAGAAAUGACUUCCAUUUUUUUCACUUUAAAAGAGAAGGAGAUUUUCUUGUUGUUGUUGUUGUAGCACCAUAAGCAUUCCCAAUACUGACAUACGGGGAAUGCUGCUGGAGUGACAGUCCUUGGCCGGAUAUAAAUCCGAAUUGUUUCGGUAACGUAGAACCGACUGUCGUGGAAACGAGGAGGAGAUUUUAUAGUCAUAUUCGCUAAUGUUUAAUUUUCAUAUAAUAAAUUUAGUUAUGUAUUGAGCCCUCACACAUCGCACCGUUCGCAACUCCCUUUCAUUUUAUUAUUUAAAAUCAGUCGGACAGCUCACAAUUUAAAUUGAAAUGAAAAGAUUAAAACUACGAUUUGUAAUAGGUGAUGAUACAAUAACUUUUAAAAGGUAGUUUCACUUCAAAAUUAUU